UCAUUUAGCAAAGUACAAUAAACUUUCGAUGAAUCGUUGCUAUCCUGGUCAACCAAAGCAGAACGAAAAAUAAUAAUAAAAAAAAAAUGCCAAGCCAUGAACUAUCUUUACGGACAGUUACGGCGGAAAAUAAAACAAAAGCUUCCGGAUAGCAACGGAAACUCUAUCGUCUGCUUUAUGAUUGGCGUCGUCCCGACACGAAGAUAGAAUGUUUGAAAUUUGUCAAUUAUCCUGAUGAAAAGAGAAAACUUUAAAAUGCAGUCAAGCAACUGUAAGCAACCAAAUAGUUCGAAGGGUAACACCCUUACUUCAUUAGUAUUUCGGCAGCAUCCUGCCACUGCUAUGAUAAUUGAUUUGGCAUCAGGAAUACCAAAGGAUACAAUUCAUACUAUAUCUAACAGCCUUGAGAAUAUCUUUUCCUUGAUCUGUACAAUGAGUGGACCAUGUAAAGUUCCAUUUUUCAGUGUAGCUACAUUAAGUGGAUUCUUUGAAAUAUUGUUACCAAUGAUAAGUGUACGAGGGAACUUUCUUAGAAUACAAUAUUGUCUGAAUGAAUUAAAACAGAUGGCAGACCUUGGCUGUAAAGAGCACUUAGAAGACAGGGAACGGACCCUAUCACAAGCAUUCAUUGAGAUUGCACAACAGUUCCAGCAAUUUAAGAAUGCAUCUCUCCAACUACAGAUCCUUUUCUUGACAAACAAACAUAAGGAAAAAUUAACUUUGGUUGUGAAAUCUGUUGAGAAGGCCCUUGAGAUAGUCAACAUGGAAUAUUUAAAGCAUGUUCAAGUUGUUGGCUUGAAUAACACAAUAGAGACAUGGACAGGGGAAACACUUAAUGACUCCAAUCCAUUAAGCCACUCAGAUAAUUCCCAGAGUUUUUCAAUGGAUGCAAGUGUUAUUGAAACAAUUUCAAUAGAAUCUGAUCCUCUGAGUUUACACAGCUAUUUUAGCAUUUUACUCAAAGAUGGUGCAACAGACUAUGAACAUUUGCAUCUCAUCCUUCCACCACAUAUAGAUGAUAUUCCUAUGGUGAUAAAGUGUGAUGUCCUAACUAGCAUCAUCAAUCCCAUUCAUAUUCCAUUCAGAGAACACUAUCUCCUCUGUAUGGAAAACACAAGUGGCAAGCCUUUGCUGUCCCCAGGAUCAAAUUUAUCUCGAACAACACAUCCUUUGAUCAUAGUUUGCAUCAAGCAAGUAUUACCAUCCUCAGCUUUAUGUGAAUCUCUCAUAUUUGGAAUGCCCUAUAUACUGGAGCCAACAAGUUCUUGGAAAAUUGAUUGGGAUGAACUUGAAAGCAACAGAGCCAACUUCCAGGCUCUUUGCCAUAUCUUGUUGGAAAAGGAAUAUGUGUUAAUUGGUCAACUUGGACAGGAAACAAUUUCUUCAGUUCCACCACAAAAUAAUCUCCUGCAUGAUUCCUUUCUGAAAACUAAACAUCCUUUGGGUUGCUUUGUUUUACUGCCAUCACAAUCAGGUAAAAUGCUGAUUAAAUCAUUGGCUUGUAAAGAAUUAAUGGUAGCACAAGGUCAAACCCUUCAAGCUGAAAUUCCUUCACACAGCAAUCUUCAAAUGGUAGAAUCUUCAAUUUCUCAAUUGGAAUUUCUUGAGACUUAUAAUCCUCUUUUUGUGUCCAGUGGUCUCUACAAUGCAUUGAUUAAUUUCGUAUCAAAACAGUCUCAAUCUAAACAGCAAAAACAGUCAGCUAAGGCACCCAUUACAGAAGAAACUAAGGCAAAGCAGAGAUCUUUAUUUCAGCCAUCAAAGGAGAUUUCUUUUAGCAAAAAACGUUCUUCUAAAUAUAAAAACCAAUAUAAAGAAGUCAAUUCAUGGGAUUUUGACUUCACAGAUGCAUGUGAUUUCAUCAAAUUUUCUAAAUAGCUUUUGAUAUGAUGUGUUUCCUGUUUUAGUUCUUUGCAUAUGCUACAUGCAUUCUUUUUGAGAAUGAAUGUUGCUACAUGUGAUAAUAUGCUAAUAAGUGAUUUUAAUGUUGCUGAUGUUACAUGUCAUAAUAUGUGAUUUUUAUGUUGACGUUGCAUUGUAUUUAUUUUCAUUCACCUCAAUAUUAGGAGUAUAAUAACAGAAAAUGAAUUAUGGGUGCUAGGAGGGAAAAAAUACCUGUAUAAAGUGAUUUAUACCCUUGUUUAUUACCAUUAUCUGUCAAGUUAUUUACUGAUUCACUAGUCUGUUUUACUGUAACACACAUGAAAAUGCACACAAAUGCAUUUUGUUUGUCCAAAUGUCAUUUUUUGCUUCAUUAAAAAAUGUAGUAAAUACCCACAAGUUAACAUUAAUAUAUUUGUUCUCUUUGUAAAUAUAUCAGAAUGGAAAUAUGUAUACUGUUAGUUCACAUAGAUAUUUUAAGGAGGAUUUACAAUACUUUAAUUUGUU